UAGAUCAAACAACAAAAAGUUACAAAAUUAACAAAACAAAAAGAUUUGCGUGGAAGGAGGCGAGAACAAGUCAAAUAUAAACCCAAAGCAAAGCAAAACAUAAAAAAAGGACAGCCUAGACACGUAAUUUGCGACGCCAGUGUAAACAUAAAAAGCCGUCAAACUGUGGGGCUCCGGGGCAUUUUUUCUUCCUCCGCAAGGAAUGUAUUAUCCGCACAUGGUGCAGGCUGGCGUGGCGCCCUUUCCCGGCGCUCCGGCUGGCUAUGCAGCUGCUACAGGACCGGUCGCAGCGGCAGCCGCUGCUGCUGCAGCUGCCCAACAAGCUGGUGCGGCCGCUGCCGCUGCUGGUGCACCCACAGCUGCGGACAGUCUAUCAUUGGCUGUGGCAGCGGCCGCUGCCAAAGCAGAGCAGCAGCCAGUGACCCAAUUAAAGGCAGCAGGUGAAGCUGCUGGUGGUGGUGGAGCAAAUAACAGUACAGUGGGAACACCAGGCACAGCUGGAGGAGCUGGAGCCGGAGCAGGCGGCGUUGUUGUCGGUGGUGGUGGAGCAGUAUCAGCCGCCGGCGGUAGUGGCCCGACAUCGGCAUCAGUGGUUGCCACCAGCAACGUAUCCGAUGGCGGAUUGUAUAUGCAACAGAAGAAGACAAAUCUGUCAACACAAACACAGACACAACAGCAUCAGCAUCAACAGCAACAACAGUACAAUGGAACCGCCAUAGCAUCCUCCACAAUAACGACGACAACAACAGCAACUGGAACAACGCUGGUCACGCAGGCAUCUCUGACAAAUGGCUAUGCCAUGGAGCAAGUGCAGCAGCAGCAGCAACAACAACAGCAACCACCACAGCAAUCAUCACAACCCCCCCAAAAUGUGCUUAGCAUAUCCACAGUAUUGAUUGCCAGUGAGGCAGCGGCGGAUUCACAACAGAACUCAAGCCAACCAAAUGCCGUUGGCGGCGGCGGUGGAGGAGGAGGUGGAGGCGGCGGCGGAGGCGGCGGUAGUGGCAGUAGCAUCGGUGGUAAUUCACCCAGUUCACCAAUCAGCAGCUCAGCACCGUCCAGUGUAACCGCAUCGCAAUCCACAGCAACCGCCGCCAAUAUAGCCACACUUAAUGGCAGUGCAAAUGAUGGCAACAUCUCUGGCAACACAUCGCCCAUAGCCAGCGGUGAGCCCUUGUUGCAAACGCCGCCCGCUGUCCAGCAGCAGCAGCAACAGCAACAACAACAGCAGCAACAACAGUCGACACUCAACAUAUGCAGCAGUCCACCAACAGCAGGGGCAGCAACAUCAGUUACAGCCAGCUCUAUAGCCACUGGAGCCUUGGCUGCGACCAGCAGUAGUGGAGUUGGUCUCUUGCCCACAGCUGGAUUGGAUAGUAGUGCCAAUGGUGCAGCACAAGCAGCCGUCGCCGCACAAGCAGCAGCUGUUGCCGCAGCUGCAGCAGCAGCAGCAGCAGCCAGUGCCGGUACAGGGGGAGCUGGUGGACCCGGCGGGAACGGCGGUGGUGCUGGUGGAGCUAUGGUGCCAGCAAGUACAUCACAAGUGAUUGCCCAUCUUAAUGCAGCAGCUGCAGCGGCUAGCGGCAUUAUGACCGCUUCAGUGCAAUCACCCAAUGUGGCCACUAGUCUGACCAGUGCUCUAGUCCCGGCUCAGCCGGUGUCAUCGGUGGCCGCAGCUGUGGCGGCCGCUGCCUCCUUGGAUGCCAAACAUCAGCCAAAACGUCUGCAUGUCUCCAAUAUACCAUUUCGCUUCAGAGAUCCAGAUCUGCGUGCCAUGUUUGGGCAAUUUGGUACCAUUCUGGAUGUGGAAAUAAUAUUCAAUGAACGUGGCAGCAAGGGAUUCGGUUUUGUAACAUUCGCUAACAGCAACGAUGCAGAACGAGCACGCGAACGUCUACACGGCACCGUGGUUGAGGGACGCAAAAUCGAGGUGAAUAAUGCCACUGCACGUGUACAAACCAAAAAAGUGACAGCAGUACCCAAUGUUGUACUGACCAAAGAUGGUGCCAUACCGGCCCCAGCUCUAGUCUGCGUACAAUGGCCAGAAGCCGCCGUAGCUGCCGCCGCUGCAAUGCGUGGAGUUACCAUACAACGUGGACACGUGGGCGUGGUCGGUGCCACACCCUAUCAUCAUCCCCAUCAUCCGCACCAUCAUCCAGCGCUGCUGGCAGCCUCCGCUGCCGCUGCCCAACAGCAGCAACAACGUCAAGUGGCCGCCGCCGCCGUGGCCGCAGCAGCCGCCCAACAGCAGCAGCAACAGCAUCAACAACAGCAACAGCAUCAACAGCAACAACAGCAACAGCAUCAACAGCAACAGCAGCAGCAUCACCAACAGCAGCAGCAGCAACACCAACAGCAGCAGCAACACCAACAACACCAGCAACAGCAUGCUGCAACAGUCGCUGCCGUUGCCGCAACGCAUCCGCAUGCCGCUCAUGCAUUGGCCCCACAAUUGGCGCAAUUGCAGCCAGCCCUGCAAGCGGUGGCAGUGCCCACAGCCGCUGGAACGGCUGCUGCUGCUGCUGUUGCCCAGCAACAUUCGGCUCUGCAGCAAUCGUUGGCCGCUGCGGCAGCUGCCCAAAAUCCUGCCGGUGUGGCCAGCAAUCAGGCAAGUGCUGCUGCAGCCGCUUAUGCGGCACGUCUAUCGGCGGCAACGGCCGCAUCCCAAACCCCGGCCGCUGCUGCUGCGGCUGCUGCUUCCAUGGCAGCGUCGGCCAAUGCGGCCAACAAUGCUGCCGCUUUGCAUGGAUUUGCGCCUGUAUACUAUGAUCCCUUCUUAGCAGCUGCUGCAACCGCUGAUCCAAAUCUACGCUUCCAGGCAGCCAAACCGGUCACUGAAGUUCCAGCCACUCAGCCAGCCGCCAUAUUAAAUCGCCGCACUGUGACUACGCUAAACAGUACCCCACAUACGAUCAACCGCAUUCCGGUGCCACAGAAUGUUUUGGCCACUGCUCCGCUGUUAAAGACACCCUUGUCUCAGGCCCAGCAGCAGGCGUAUGCCACAGCGGCUACCACCUAUACGGCGGUUGCUGCCCGAGCUGCUUAUGGAGCUGCUGCAGCUGCAGCCGCCCAACCGGCACUAGCUGGCUAUGCCACAGUAGCGGGUUAUGCACGCGAAUAUGCGGAUCCCUAUUUAGGACAUGGUAUUGGACCAGUGCCUGGCUAUGGGGCAACCAUGUACCGCGGUGGCUUCAAUCGUUUUACGCCAUAUUAAAGAAAUCAUACACAAGUCAGCCAAAUAACGCACUUGAACUACUCUCGAAAAUGCUCAAUACAUAGAU